UCUAAACCAACUUAAAGCAAACAAACAAACAAAAAACAAUUACCAAUAAAAACCAACAAAACACUUGUGUUUAGCUAGUAAGAGACGCCGAUCCAUCGAUCCAAAUCAAAUUCAAACCGUUCAAAGAAGGUGUUAAGUUUCCCCAAAAAGGAAAACUCACACAAACCCCAUACAAUCUAGCAGCAGGGAACAAAAGCAGUAUAGACAAAUAGACAGCGCAGGUCAGGGCAGAACAGGACAGGCCGCAUACCGCAUACCAUAUAGAAACUAAGUUGAAUGUAAAUAAGAAUCCAAAUGUAGGCAAUUACAGGCAGAAGGUAAUUGAAUCUGUGAGCAGACCUAAAGUUAAAUAAGAAAGGGAAUCAUUGUGUGGCAAGGGAGAGCAAGAACAGCAGAGCCCUCAAGCAUCCAUCCUUCAAGAAAGUACCUCCCUUAAGCACUGUAUAUCACGAUGAACGCACGCUCGCAAGUGUUCGACCUGACUAUGGAGGGUCUGCAGGUGGACGAGGCGGUGACCACCAUCUUCCAGACAGUACUCUUCCAUCGUUGCCUCGGCAAGUUCAUGUACACGGGCGACGCCCAGUACUCGAUCGGUACUGUCGGCUACACGGAUGUCGACUGCAACUUCAUCGACUUCACCUAUGUGUGCUGCACCUCCGACAGCUUGACGCACAAGGUGAAGCGAGCCAUCAACCUGUUCAGUGAAAAGCUGCGCUCCAACGAGAGCUGCGGCUCGGGGCAGAUAAGCUUGGAGUUCUUUCAGAAGAAGAAGACCCGCUGGCCGUUCCCGCAGGAGUCCAUACCGUGGGAGGUGUGGACGGUGCACCUCGAUCUGAUCAAGCACGAGAACGAGGACGAGCGGCAGCUGUGUCGCGAGAACGUCUCUGAUCUCCUAACCGAAAAAGUCAUAUACAUUACGGAGCUGAUGAAUCGGCACGACUAUGUGCCCAAGACACCCAGCCAGAGCGAGCUGGACCUGAUCUUCGACACAUCCUUCCCCGAUGUUCAGCCGUAUUUGUUCAAGUUCGAUUACUCCACCUCUGGCUCAGCAGCACCCUCCAUGGGCAAUGCCAUGAAAAAGAUCAUCAAGGAGACGCUCGCAAUGUGACUGGCUAAAGCAGGAGCUGGAGCCCGAGUUUUACUACUGUAGAAAUUCCAAGACAAGUGAGCAAAUAAUACAAAUUCAAAUCGGAAUACGAAGCCCGCGACCGAGAACUUUAACAUUUUGUGACUAUUAUUUCUUAGUUCUGGAAACGUACAGUUUGUGCAACGUAUUUCGUUACAAUGUAUUUCUGCUGCUUCAUGGGCUUCAAGUGUUUCGUUGCGUUCCAAAUCAGAGCCAUUUUUAAUGCUGAUAGGAGUACGAAGUAGUUAAAUAUUUAUUGUGUACCCCCCCCCAGCCGGAGCUUCAAUAUAUUAUGUAAAGGGACUCCCUUUGGACUCCCUCAAAGCUCGCUUUGUUAAUACUUUUAGUUGUUAGUUAUUAAUUAUUUUGUUAGUGCAGAUACGAAUCUGAUGCGGUAGAGUGCCAGAAAUUGCAACAUGCAAUAUGUAGAAAGAUCCAUCAUCCAUCUUCAGAUUAUUCAGUGCUAAAGCUUGAGGAACUUUCAUUCGAGUUAGCUGCUAAUGUGUCGGCUACAGUCCCUUCCCUCGAGAGGAGGUACACUGCGUGAUCUAUAGUUUUUAUAUUAUCAAGCCCCUUGUGCCGCUUCUUAGUGCAGUCCAGUUCUUAGUGAGCGCCGCGAUCUGUAGCACAUCUGUAUCUGUAGAGCAUAUAGAGUAUCGCUUCGCUGUUUGUAUUUACAAUCAUUAAAUGGUUUUUAAUCAGAAGAGUUUCGAGCUGUAGAGGUAGAGAUAGAGAUAGGAGUAGGAGUUGGACCAGUCCCUUUAGAAAAUGUUUGUUUUAGUGUGUUCCAUGCAAAAGAGUAGGACGGAUAUAAUGCCAGAAUGGAUGAGAGCGCUGUAGCAGGAAGUAUAGGAUUUAUGGUAUACUUUUUCUUUAAUCACAAAACUAAGUGAAAUGGAUUGAAGCAGAAAGAAACAAAACCGAAACCGAAACAGAUACAGAGUUUUACUCAUUGAUGGACCAAGCGUUAAAGUAAAAGUAAAAGAUACAUUAGAUUUGAUCAGUAAUUGUAUCGAUAAAUCUGCUUUAGAUACCGGCUAAUUUAACAACAACAACAAAAUCUUAGGCUAAACUCAUUCAUUAGUGGGCCAAACACCCCACCAAUCAAUCAAUCAAUAAAACGGCCCACGCGUGUCUCUUGCUCCAAAGCUUAUCUUGAGCACUCCUAGACCUAAGGGAAAAAGUAUCUAUGUAUCUGUAUGCGUACAUUUAAGUGUGGAUUCGGUGCGGCAGUCGUCAAUCUUCAAUCGUCAAGCUAUUCCAUUCAAAUGGCUGCUAGCAGGCACCACUAACUAUAGUGGCUUGAACCAACGUGUUACUUAAUUAAUACUAUGUUAUCGAUCCGUGUAAAAAAAAAAAACAAAUAUGCAAAGAGAGGAGUGAGAGAAUCAGAGGACGGCGUUUUAGCAAGUACCAGACGAAAGAGAAGCGAGAGGAGAGGAGAGAAGAGAGCCGUAUGAUAAUUCCUAGAAGUUCUACUAACUUGAAACUACACCCGAAGCUGGAGAGCAUUCAAAUUGAUGAUCGAUCCAUUGGGUCUGAAUGGGAAAUGAACUCUCAAAGCUGGCUCAAAGAUGGCUGAAAAUAUGAUAUGAAUAUGCGCAGAUGGAUAUGAUAGGACGAUAAUACUGUCUCCUGCUAUGGAAAAGAUCAGUAGCAGAUGAGAGUGGUGUGGUGUGGUGUGGUGCCUGUAUACAGCAGCAGCACAAAAAUCUGUUGCACUUGGAACUUGUGUACUUUUGCAUGGUGUUUUAUUAGUUUAUUAAAUUUAAUUAGCGAUUGGCGCGACUGGCGACUGGCGCACCGAAUCGAAUCGAAUUGAAUCGAACGAACGUAUGUCUGUAUCUAUGUAAAUCGAUGUCAUGUCUGUAUGUAUGUGUAUGUAUGUGUGUAUGUCCAAGCUAUAAACGUAAACAACAACCAACCAUAAACCAUAAAUGUACUUUGCAAUUAAACAAUUAUUGUAAAAUCGAAUUAAGCAGAAUAAAACCUUUGAAUCACACAGAACCUGAACACAAAUUAGAAAUGUAA